AUGCGCUCCCCCGUGCCGUCGCGCAGUCUCCUGCGUUUUCUACGCACACAGUCCGAGACGGCCUUUUUCACACCGAGCCACGUCCGAGGCACCAAGUUGAGCGGCACACGCAUCUGCGGCCGCGUCCGGCUAUACCAUCCAUACACACAUCUAUGCACAGCUACAUCCGAACCGACACCGCAGCCCGUGGUGGCCCUCGAAGCGUCACUAUGGCCGUUUGCCUGUCAGCGCCGGGCGCUCAGCUCCACGACUCAGACGCGCGGAUGGCACAAGUCUGGGAGUACUGGGAAGAAAAGUAACGCUAGUGAUGACCCGGCGAGUUCGUGGCAAGAGAGGCUCUGGGGCAUGGCGGCGCGGCGCGGCUUCAAGCCGCUCAAGCCGGAUGAUCUCCCCGGGCACGACGACCUGGAGCACGGCUCCAUGUUCAACAGCCGGCGCGUCAUGACGGCCAAGGCGGCGGCAGAACCGCGACUGCGCUGCACCGAGGUGGACGAGCACGGGCAGGUGAUUCUCGUCGACGGCGAGUUUAAAAAGUCGGAGCUCAUUGCCAAGUACGGCCUACUCCCCCGCGAUUUGCGCAAGAUUGACUCGUCCAACCUCCCACACAUCCUCGUCCGGCCCGAAGCCAUCCUGCUCAACCUGCUGCAUCUCAAGGUACUCAUCAAGAGCGACCGCGUACUGCUCUUUGACGUGUACGGCUCCAAGACGUCGUACCCGCAGUCGGCAUUUAUGUACGACUUGCAGGGCAAGCUGCAGCAGCGCAACCCGCCGGGGUCGCCCGGCCUGCCGUACGAGUUUCGCGCGCUUGAAGCGGUGCUGACGUCGGUCACGUCGGAGAUGGAAGCCGACUUUGAGGCGGUGCGCGAGCCCGGCAUGCACAUCCUCAGCGAACUCGAAGAUGACAUUGACCGCCACAAGCUGCGCGUGCUGCUCAUCUUGUCCAAACGUAUUAGCACGUUUGAGCAAAAGGCCAAGCUGGUCCGCGACGCCAUUGAGGAGCUGCUCGAGGCGGAUGAUGAUUUGGGUGACAUGUACUUGUCGGAGAAGAAGAGCGAGUCGACGAGGGCGGCGGAUGACCACACGGAAGUGGAGAUGCUGCUGGAGUCGUAUCAUAAAAUUGCCGACGAGAUUGUGCAGGAGGCAGGCAACCUUGUCUCUGGCAUCCGAAACACGGAAGAAAUUGUCCGCGCCAUCCUCGACGCCAACCGCAACUCGCUCAUGCUGUUGGACCUCAAGUUCAGCGUGGGCACGCUCGGGCUGGCCAUGGGCACCUUUCUCGCGGGCCUGUACGGCAUGAACCUGGAAAACUUCAUCGAGGCGACUAAUUGGGGAUUUGGCGUCGUGACGUCGACGUCGGUCGUCUUUUCGCUCCUCGUCUGCUGGUACGGGCUCGUCAAGCUGCGGCGCGUGCAGCGCAUCAAGAUGGGGGGCAGCGAGCGCGCGCUGGGCCUGCCGCGCGGGUACCGGCACUACCAGGAAGAGGGCGCCAUCGGGCUGUUGGAUUCGCGUAAUCGCGAGAUGCUGCGCCGGCUGCACUCGCAAAAGGCGGCGCCGAAGAAGACGACGUCUUGGUUCUGGUAA